AUGGUCCGCCUUUUCACCCGAUUCUACGCCCUAUCCGCAGUCGCAGCAUGCACAAUUCUACCAACGGCCUGGUUCUUAACAUCCCGCCGCUUCCCCGACAUCAUUCCCCUAGCAUCCGGGCAAUUCGAAGCAGCCGCCACAUUCGAUCAGCGACUAGUUGUCUUUGGAGACGCAUGGAGCGACAAUGAAACAAAUGAGCCAGUGGGCAAAGUAUGGACAGACUGGCUCUGUUCAAUGUUCACCUGCCACCAAGAGAAUCUAGCCCAAACAGCCAACCCUCUCCUCCGAGGCAAAAACGUCGGCGCUGUAGUCGACAACUCAGAACUCGAACCUCUAGACCGCCUGUCUCAAAUCCGUCUCACAGACUUCAAGUCCCAGCUCGCAGCAUGGCUAGCAGCCGAGUCGCGCGCCACAACCGGACUCACCAGCGAAGACAUGCGCACGCGCCAAGAAGCUACUAUUUUUGUGGUUUCCUUUGGCGUGUGGGAUAUCUGGAGUUUGAUUAACAAGGACUACGACACAGCCAAGGAAUCAGUGGAACGACGUAUCGCGACGAUCAUCGCACAGCUUGAUAUUCUUGCUGGGCAUUGGGAUUCCGAGUCUGAGCUUAAGGUCAUCUUGACGCAGGCGGUUGAUGUGACUUUCUUACCCGGCUAUGAAUCUGCCGCUGGCUACAAGGAUACCGUGAAGAUGGUGGAGCUAUGGAAUAACAGGUUGCGCGAAGCAGCGAAGGCGUGGGAAGGUGGGCCUGUGUACCUGUUUGAUAUGAAUGGGUGGAUGGUCGAUCGGAUUCGGGAUUGGCAGCUCUACGCGGCCGGUAUUGAAGAGGAGAAUGGGCUUGGGAAGAACGAGCAAGGCUGGACGAAUGUCGUGGAGCCGUGUAUCGAAAGCGGGUUCCGGGUCAUGAUGUCAAAGGGAAAGAAGGAGUGUGAAGAACCUGAUCGGUACUUGUUCUGGUAA